AUGACCAAUCCUCGCCGCUCUCGCCGGAUUUCCGGACGCGAGCCGUCGCCAGUUGCAGACCUUCCCCGUCGGCGCGGACGUGCGAUCCCUAGCACCCCUACCACGUACAGUAGUCCAAACGCAUCCGAAAUUACAACGCUCUUGGACCGUGUAGCACCUGUUUCGGUGUCCCCCCAGCCUCGGAGGUUUACCGAGCAAGUUGUGCAAAUGGAGGCUUCUUCCCCCAGCAGUUCGGAAGAGGAAGAGGUUUAUUAUGAUAAUACCGACUUUGAUCGUGACAAUUUCGAGCCGGUUUGGUAUCAGGGGCAGGGAUACCCGGGGGAAAUCCCAGAGGAAAUAUUGGAAUAUUUCCCAGAAGGUGGGCCUGAUAGGUUGCAUGCACAAAUGGUCGGGCCUGCCCGCACGAUAUUCCAUUUAUGCGGGCGGCCGGAUAUCGUCCGGCUUUUUGACGACCCGGCAUAUGUCCUGGAAGAUGAGAUUGUGCUGAUCCCAUACGGAUGCGACCCCGCUGCAUUCCUCCUGCGCCGUAAGAACCGUGGCAGCAGUUGCAAUUCCCCGCCAGGUAACUACAUCCGUGGCGACCCAGCGGCUUAUUGA